GCCAGGCGGCAGGCGUCACAGGCGCAGACGGCCAGGCGGCAGGCGUCUCUGGUGCAGACAACACGGUCACCUGGUGGGCACCAGGCGGUUACCCACACUGCGUCGCAGCUCUUCCAUCGAGGACCCAGGCGUGACAGACGGAGACUGCAGGCGUGACAGGCGACGGUGACGAGCGUGACAGACGGAGACUGUAAGCGUGAUAGGUGGUGGCGACGAGCAUACCAGACGGAGACUGCAAGCGAGACUGGGGACGGCUGCUGCUAGAGUGACAGACGGAGACUGCAAGCGUGACAGGCGGCGGCGGCGAGCGUGACAGACGGAGACUGCAAGCGUAAUAGGUGGCUGGGGCAAGCGUGACAGACGGAGAUUGCAAGUGUGACAGGCACCGACAGCGAAUGUGACAGACAGGGGCCGCGGACGGAGGCCCCCACGCGACCACGCGACCAAGUCCACGCGACCUCACUGAGCUCAUGAUCGACCUGGUCGCCAUGGCAGAAGCACUAGCCGAAGAACCCGACUACAACAUCUUCGAGAACAAGACGGGCCUGGCCGAGGACCUCAAGUUCCUGGCCAGCAUGCCCGAGCUGUGUGACGUCACGUUCCUAGUGGGCGACACCCGGGAGCCGGUGUGUGCAGUGCGGGCCGUGCUGGCCGCGCGAAGCAGGGUAUUCCACAAAAUGUUCUAUUCAUCAUCGUCGCCACAGAGGAAGAAGGAUCAACCCCAAAAAGAAAACAAGCUCAGACUCUUUCUGAAGAGAAGCAGUGAACCAUUGUUAAACAUUCAGAAUACCACGGAAAAGCGUCACGGCUACUCGCAGCAGCUUGCCACCAUCCCAGAGCCGUCGCAGAGUCAACACCAGACCCUGAUCAUCGAGGAGUUCGAGCCGGACGUGUUCCGCCAGCUCAUCGAGUACGUUCACACCGGCUGUGUUACGCUGCAGCCCAGGACCCUGCUGGGCCUGAUGAACGCCGCCGACUACUACGGACUGGACGAGCUGCGGCGAGCCUGCGCCGGCUUCGUCCAGUGCUGCAUCAACGUGGACACCGUCUGCGCGCUGCUGGCCUCGGCCGAACGCUACAUACAGUACAAGUGCACCAAGUCCAUGGUGCAAAAGGUGCUGGAGUUUGUGGAUCUCCAUGGCAACGAGGUGUUGAGCCUAGGCUCGUUCACGCUGCUGCCGCAACACGUGGUCCGACUGAUCCUGGUGCGAGAGCUCAACGCCGACGAACUGACCAAGUUCCAAGCAGCGCUGAUGUGGUCGAAGAAGUAUUGCGACAACUCCAACCUGGACCUUCGAGACGUGAUCUCCACCUUCCUCGAGUACAUCCAGUUCCACAAGGUGCCGGCCACGAUCCUGAUGAAGGACAUCCACCCUCUGGGCAUCGUGCCGGACCACAUCAUCAUGAACGCGCUGGCCUUCCAGGCCGACCCGAGCAGCGUAGAGCCGGCCAAGACGUCGCCGAAGCGGCUCAGCCGGCGGCGCGAGCUGUCCGUGCAGAGCUCGCUCGACCCGUACGGCAGCACCACCACCCUCUCCUCCAGCACGUCCAGCGACAUCAACAGCGACCGCCACAGCUCGGAUGGCAAGCAUAGCUCCGAGGGCGGCCUUACCAGCUCGCCCAUGGGCCGGCUGCCUUGAACUGGGGCCAGUGCUGACAGUGUGAGCUCGGGGGCCGGCGCCCUGAACUGCGAUCUGUGCUGGCAAUGUGAGUCCGUGGGCCGGCUGCCCUAAACUGCGGCCAGUGUCAGCAAUGUGAGUCCAUGGGCCGGCUGCCCUGAACUGCGGCCAGUGCCAGCAAUGUGCGUCCAUGGGUCUGUUGUCCCGAACUGCGGCCUGUGUGGGCCAUAUGAGUCUAUGGGCCUGCUAUCUGAACUGCGACUUAUGUCGGUAAUGCAAGCCCAUGGAACUGCUGUCCUGAACUGCUAACUGUGCCGGCAAUGGAGGAGGGCCAAUUUGACCCCGCGGCACGGCCUGGCACGAUUUCGUCGGUCAUGUAGUCAGACUCAGCACGGUGGCCGGUCGCUCUGUUGAACCCGCCAACGUGCAGGCGAAGAGAGAGAG